AGGAUCUGGUCCUCGUUGGACACAGAAGUUUGUCCCUGGCUGAGACUCACGUAGUUGCACACAGCAAAGGAACACACCAAGUGAGCCAACGGGACCAUCUCCUUCACCCGCCAUGGGAAUCUAAAGCGCUUCCUCCCACUCGUUCUGUACAGGCUGCCUGUCACAGGAGCCAGGAUGAAGGUCGUGGUCGUUCUGCUGCUUAUGGUCACCUCGGUUUACGGGAUACAGAGAGCGCCUCGCAUCAUCACCUUAUUAGAGACAUUGGAUGUUCUGCUGGAUCACAACGCCACUUUCAUCUGUGAGGUGGAGUCCCGGCCUCGUGCCGACAUCAGUUGGACCAAGAAUAACUACCCAAUCAUGUACUAUGACCCCAGGUACAUCACCAGAGAGCAUGGACAGAUGCUGAGCAUCCCUCAUGUGAGAGAGACGGACAAUGGAGAGUACUGCUGCCUCGCCACCAACGGCAUCGGAGAGGCUGCCAAGAGCUGCGGGGCUCUGCAGCUCAAGAUGAAGCCACAGAUCAAACGCCAUCCUACCAAUGUUACCCUCUUGGUAGAAUCCAAAGCGGUGCUGCCUUGCGUUACCCUCGGCAACCCCAAACCAGAUGUCACCUGGCUCAAAGAUGACGAGCUCAUCAAAGUCAGUGACCGUGUUACCAUCCUUGACUACGGUGCAUUGAAGAUCCAUCACAUACAGAAGGAGGAUGCAGGACAGUAUCGCUGUGUGGCCAGAAAUAGCUUUGGUUUGGCUUUUUCAAAACCUGUCACCAUAGAGAUCCAGGCUCCAGCGCGAAUCCUGCGGGUUCCUAAGGAGAAGCGGGUAGCAUAUGGUAGCCUGAUUUCUUUGGAGUGUAACGCAACGGGUAAUCCCAUCCCCACCAUCACCUGGCUGGAAAAUGGGAACACAAUUUUGGGUGCAUCAGUGGAAGAGACGUUGACAGGCGAAGUGAUCCUGUCCGUUCUUAAAGUAACAGUGAACAAGCCGGCCCUAUACACAUGUCUGGCCUCGAACAGACACAGCACCGGAGCAAACACUGCAAAGGCAACCGCCAAAAUCAUCGUCGCAGAGUGGAGACUCUACAAGGGCGUCACAGGCUACUGCAGUGCGUACCGCGGAGACGAGUGCCGCACCGUCCUGCAGGACGACCUCCUAGUCUUCUUUAACUCCUCCCUCUCAGACCCCGAGGACAUGCAGGAGUACCUGGUCCAGAGCUGGUGGACGGAGCUGGAGGGCCUCAGCACGUUGUGCAGCCCGGCGGCGCGCGCGUUGCUCUGCCACGCCUCCUUCCCCGACUGCAACCCCUCGGGGUCAGGACCGGCUCCCAAACCCGUCUGCCGAGAACACUGCCUGGCAGUGAAGGAGCUGUACUGCUACAAGGAGUGGUUGGUGCUCGAGGGCAGCAGUUCUGUUCAAUCUGGCUUCUUCAGCUCGGCUUCCACCUCACUCCUCCCCAAUUGUCAGGCCCUACCGAGCCUUCACGCAGAUUCUGACGCCUGCACACAUGUCCCUUUUGUAGACAUCAAGAAAGAUCAAAUCACAACAGCGUGCUUCAGUGAAAAGGGCCGUUUCUACCAAGGCACCGCCAAUGUGACCAGGUCCGGGGUGCCAUGUCAGUCAUGGAGCCAACAGGUUCCCCACGAGCACCGCCUAUCCGUCGACGUUAUUCCAGAGUUGAAGAACUCAGCCAACUACUGUCGAAACCCUGGAGGAAUCAGCGACAAGCCGUGGUGUUACACCUCCAAUCCCAACAUCCGCUGGGAGUACUGCGCUGUGCCCCGGUGUGGGGAGACCAGCAUUGAACCAGUAAUGAAGCCUGAGUUGCCGGGCCCUCGUCAGACCACUCGUCUGCCUCCCAUGGCCAAACCUUCGUCUCCCGCUUACUCCAUGUCCGUCAUUGUCAUCCUCCUGACUGUACUUGCAGCUGCAGUUUUCAUUUUCAUCUGUAUCCUUGCCUGCCACAGACGGAGGAAGCAGUGGAGAAACCGAAAGAGAGCCAUGGAGACCCCGACGAUGAGCGCUCUUCCAUCAGAGCUCUUGCUGGAUCGACUCCACCCCAACCCCAUGUACCAGCGAGUUCCCCUGCUGUUGAAUUCCAAGCUGAUGGCCCUUGAAUAUCCACGGAAUAAUAUACAAUAUGUGAGGGAUAUUGGAGAAGGAGCCUUUGGACGGGUUUUCCAAGCAAGGGCACCAGGACUGCUGCAGAUAGAGUCUUUCACGAUGGUGGCUGUAAAGAUGCUUAAGGAGGAGGCCUCGGAUGACAUGCAAAACGACUUCCAGCGUGAGGCAGCGCUAAUGGCUCAGUUUGACCAUCCGAACAUUGUACGACUCCUAGGGGUGUGCGCAGUGGGAAAACCCAUGUGCCUGAUGUUUGAGUACAUGGCCCACGGCGACCUCAACGAGUUCCUGCGUCACCGGUCUCCCUCCCAGUCAGUGCGCACGCUCAGCCGCGGAAGCCUCUCCGGCCGCAGCUUCUCCUCCGAGCUGGAGGCAGGGCUUCUCUCCUGCACCGAGCAGCUGUCCGUCUCCAAGCAGAUCGCGGCGGGGAUGGCCUACCUGUCGGAGCGCAAGUUCGUGCACCGCGACCUCGCCACCCGGAACUGCCUGGUUGGGGAGGAAAUGGUGGUGAAGAUCGCCGACUUUGGCCUCUCCAGGAACAUCUACUCGGCCGACUACUACAAAGCCAACGAGAACGAUGCCAUCCCCAUCCGCUGGAUGCCCCCAGAGUCCAUCUUCUACAACCGCUACACCACAGAGUCGGAUGUGUGGGCCUACGGCGUGGUGCUAUGGGAGAUCUUCUCCAAUGGGAUGCAGCCGUACUACGGCAUGGGCCACGAGGAGGUAAUUUACUAUGUGCGGGACGGUCACAUCCUUGCCUGCCCUGAGAACUGUCCUCUGGAGCUGUAUAACCUGAUGAGGCUUUGCUGGAGCACACACUCAUCGGACAGGCCCAGCUUCAGCAGCAUACAUCGGAUACUGGAGCGGAUGCAUCAGAGCACGCGGAGCAUCAGCGGCGAGGCUGAGGUUGACUGCUGACCGGGGGGGAAAUUAAUGUCAACCCGUUGACUUAUGAAGAGAUUUGGUGACUGCAAACACUUUGAAAAUGAACCCAAGAAUUCUUCCAAUAACCAUCGUAGUCAUUUUAGUCAUUUUUGCUUGCCCAGACCAAAACCGGCAAAGAACAUGUUUUCGCAUCAAAGCAUCUCUCAUAGUUGAGGCAUUUGCAUUUCACUCUCUUCCUCAAUUCCGGGUUCUUUUUUGAAGAAAUUAACAAUGAGGCCUGAACAACUAGCACAUAUUUUUCUCUCUGUACAGAGCUCAGAGCCUUAUUCAUUGAAGACUUAAAGCCACAAACCAUACAAUGAUCCACAUACACUCAAACAUCCCGGUUCAUCCAUUGCAUAAGGAAAUGUUUUCUUCUUCCUUUUCAUUUGUUACAAAUGUUCUUAUUUCCAAAGAUUAGAUGUAGAAAGACAAUUAUGCGCGAUAGUGAAAACAACUUUGUUGUUGUUGUCUUUAGCAAACUUCCAAGUGGCACACAGUUACUAUUUAGUAACUAUUGCCCUUGAUUUUUUAUAGACAAUUUGCUAUUCCAUUUUUGGGGCAUUCACGUUUUACCGGUUUCUUUCUUUUAUCAUUUUGUCUUUUUUUGUUUGUGUGCUAAUUUUACUUUGUUAGUCAUAACAACUAGAUUACACGAGAAGAAGUUAUUAAAUUAUUUCUUCCAAACAGCUUCAUCAUCUAAAUUAGUGUCACAUUUAAGCGCAGGCACACACAUUUGGUCUAAUUAGAAUUUGCAGAAACUCAUUGACUAAAUGUAUUACUGUGCCUUAAGAUAGACUAUUUUGGCAAGGGAUUGAUGGGCAAAAUGUCUUCGGCCUACAAAAAUAACUUCAUUCUGAAAGACCAGGCCAAGAUUAAAGGCCAUCUUUAAUUGGCUCUUGCAUAGACAGAAACUUUCAGCAAAGACAAUACUGAUCAAAACUUUUAACUGUGUAUAAAACUGUGUUUUUUAACACUAUUUCAGCAUUACAACUAUGUUUUAUCAGUGCGUAGUCAUGUUUUUUAGUUUCCCUUUGUUUUAUCUAUUAAUGUCCAAUGACAGAAAAUGUUUAUCUUGUCAACUGAUGCCCAAAAUGCCUUGUGUGUGUGUGUGUGUGUGUGUGUGUGUUACAUAACAUAAUGAUGCAGGUUUGUAAAGUAUGACAUUUCUUUUGUUUUGCUUGCAAAUAAACAUAAUAAUCGCAGA